UCCUGAUUAGCGUACGUUGGGCGCGGGAGGGAUUUCGGAUGGGAUCCCAAUGAGGUAUUACAUUGCGUCAGGCGUCGCCUAUCAUUUCACAAGCCUGAGAAACCUCAAUGUUUUAGAAUAUUGCAAUAAGUUGUGGCCUUGUGUAAAUCCUUAAGGAUUAUGUUAAGUUGGACGUAUACGGGUGUAAAUACAAGUAUCGAGGGGGCAGGAGGUCAGAGUUGUAUUAAUUAUAUUACAACGAAAAGAAGGUUCUUCGAAUCUGCAUGUGUCUGCAUAACAUUCUUAUACACUCUCUAUUGGUCGUAUUUAAAAUUUAGUGUUGGAAAUCCUCGUCAUUCUAAUGAACAAACGAAGCUCAGACAGAUACUUCUUGUAUUGCACACGUUUGUAUUCGGGAUUGAAAUAGGCUUCAAGCUAGCCACUAGCACACUUAUUUGGAUAUUAAAUCCGUGUCACAUUAUAACCAUGCUACAGAUAUUAUUUUUGGCUUCAUCGUCAUCUUGGCUUACAACUUUUAUUUUUCGAAUCCACUUACAUAUGAUGAAUGGUCCUUUGUUAGCGUUAACUUUCCCAAUAUUAAACACUCGUUUCCUGCCAUUCGAACAUGUGACCUACUUCGUGCAACAUAUUCUGAUUAUUUUAAUUCCUGCUAGCUUUUUGAAUCAGAGUAGUGAAUUUUCAGUUGAACCAAUUGAUGAUUUUUCAUGGGUGAUAUUUUCUUUAAGUAUACAGGUUCUGUAUCAUUUCUUAGUCCUACAACCCAUUGCUUUGAUGACAGGAAUAAAUCUUAACAAUAUUUUGUGCCCAGCUAUAAGCGACCCAUUCCCUGGCCCAAAUUAUCGUUUAUGGGCAGUCUUUCACCAGUCUGUUAUAAUAUUAGUACUGGGAAAGAUUUUUACUUUGUUUUUGCUUCGAUUAAAUACACGAAAGGUGCCUUGGUUAUGUCUGAAUCCCAAUAAACAUAAUCAGAAAUCUGUUAUAGAAAGAGUAUUUGAAUCUAGUUCAUCAAAUAUAUCAGGUGGCAAAAUCACCUCAUCUUGGUAUUGGCCUGAUCUAUCCCGAUAUCACACAUAUCUUGAAACUGAUGCCAAAAACGAUGAAGUUGUAAGCAUAUCCGAUAAUAAGGAUUAUUAGAAGCUGUCACCUGAAUCGGUUAUUAUCUCUAUGAACUCACCAAAAGUAAAGAAUCUCCAUAUUUAUUUUGUUAUGCACUAAAUACCUCGUUUUCUCUUUUUCCAGUUCUUUCUUGCACAUAAUGAUUCCCCUUUUGAUUAUUAACUAAAUAUAUAUUCCAUUUUUGCUAUCACCGACUCAAAUAAAUAUUUGUGAUAACGAACUUAUUUCUACUCAGAGUGUAAACCUGUGCAAAUCAUUCUAGCAAUAUAUAUCUUACCAAUUGCCUUCAUCGUUAUUUUCCGUGGUUGUUAUUGUACAGUUUUUUGUUUGCUUAUUUUUUCAUGUGCAUGUUCACACUUCUACAGACAUCUGGUGAAUUAUACGAGAUCGUUUCAGGUAGUUACUCACCAUCAGUUUUCCAUAUUUUCUCUUUUUUAAAAAAAAAUAUUUGGGUAUUGUUUUAUAUUCUAUGUAAAAAAAGUGAACCAGGUAAUAAUUAAUAAAAAUACUUAUCAGUUACUCGCAAUUAUCCAUCCAGUGAAUACUUAUGUUUAAACUACUUAUUGCUUCUUAUGUAUUGCCCACCUUUUUAUAGUCAGCUUAUUUCGGUUGUGUCUGCUCUAUUUUCUACGAACUUGAGUUAAUAUUGAGUUGCAUAAAUUUGAUUUCCUUUAUUUUUGAAAUAUUUCAAUACACUUGGUUUUUUCUGUGUUUCUGUCUACGAUAUGUAUGAUUUAUUUCCAAAACUUUUCUGUCUGUAUGUGUAGUUUGCUAAUUGCAGAAAACGCCGAAGCGCUUCCAGCUGCUUCAUUUGUUUUUUUUCUAAGAAAAUAAUAUACUCAUUGAUAUUCAUGUUAAUUGUUCUUUUUAAUAAAUUUCGGUGUAAACUAAUUCUAAUAAACAGUGUAUAAACAUU